GAGCCUCGGAGAUGGCCUGGGCUGUCGGCCCACCCUGGCUGCCUUCCUCCGCCGGGCCCUUCCUCUUAAUCCUCGUCCUCUUCCUCUUGCUGUUGCUCUUGUUGUUUCGGAGGGGUCACCCCCCGGCCCGCCUUCCCCCGGGGCCACGGGCCCUGCCCAUCUUGGGUUGCCUUCCGCAGAUGUGGGGUGUGCCGCUGCUUGACUUCCUGCUCAAGCUGCGUUCGCAGUUCGGACCGGUGUUCACCGUGUACCUGGGUCCCGAGCCGGUGGUGGUGCUCUGUGGCUACGAGACUGUGCGGGAGGCCCUGCAGGACCGGGCCGAAGAGUUCGCGGGCAGACCCUACAUGGCCAUUUCGGAGAAGACCACGCGGGGCCUCGGCAUCUCCUUCAGCCAGGGCGAGCGCUGGAGGACUCUACGUCGCUUCUCCGUCGCGACCCUGCGUGACUUGGGCAUGGGCCGGCGUGGCAUUGAGGAGCGAGUCCAGGAGGAGGUACGGUGCCUGCUGGAAGAGUUCCGCAAAACGCGAGGGCACCCCUUCGACCCCACCUUCCCCCUGCGCCGCUCCAUCUCCAACGUCAUCUGCUCGGUGGUCUUCGGCCGCCGUUUCGACUACGCCGACCCUGAGUUCGGGACCCUGCUCCGGCUCCUGAACGACAACCUGCGGCGCGUGGACUCGGUCUCGGUGCGGCUCUAUAGUCUGUUCCCCGGGCUCCUCCGCCACCUCCCGGGGCCCCACAACCUCCUCUUCGAGGUGUUCGAGGAGCAGAAGAGGUUCGUGGCCCGGAUAGUCAAGGAGCACGAGGCCUCCCUUGACCCGGCCGAGCCCCGAGAUUUCAUGGACGCCUUUCUCAUCCGCAUGCAGCAGGAUAGAAAGAAUCCCCUCAGCGAGUUUCACCUAGAGAAUCUGCUCGUCACGGCUCUGGACCUCUUCUUUGCGGGCACCGAGACCACCAGCACCACUCUGAAAUAUGGGCUCUUGCUUCUAUUAAAACACCCCCAAAUUACCGAGCGGGUACAGGAGGAGGUGGACAGUGUGAUCGGGCAGAACCGGAGACCGGCGCUGGAAGACCGGGCCCGGAUGCCCUACACCGACGCGGUCAUUCACGAGAUCCAGAGGUUCAUUGAUAUCAUGCCCCUGGGGGUUCCUCAUGCGGUCACCCGAGACACCUGUUUCCAAGGCUACACCAUCCCCAAGGGCACGAUGGUGUUUCCCCUGCUCCACUCGGUGUUGCACGAUCCCGACCACUUCCCGGACCCAGCCGUGUUCGAACCCAAGCGGUUCCUGACGGAGGAUGGCAGAUUCCAGAGGAAUGCCGCCUUCUUGCCCUUCUCUGCAGGGAAGCGGGCGUGUCUGGGGGAGGGCCUGGCCCGCACGGAGCUGUUCCUCUACUUCACCUCCAUCUUGCAGACCUUUGCCCUCUCCUCGCCGGUCCACUCCGACGCCCUCGAUGUGGAGCCCGAGUUCAGCGGCUUUGCCAAGGUUCCACCGGCCUUUCAGCUGUCCCUGACCCCCCGCUGAGUGUGUGCCCCCCCCCCCCGACCCCCAGCCCCUCCCGGUCCGGCCCAGGGAUCCCUCCCCCUGCCCUGCCCUGCCUCCAGGCAGGGGCGAUGCGGUGGUGUUGAAAACACGAACGAGCAAAGAGAUUUGUCCACCACUGGCA